AUCUGCACAUCCGGUCACAUAUGGAUUAUGAAACGCUCCAUGUUUAGAGAACCAGAAAACUAAAACAUGACGUAUCGACCGAAACAACGUAGAGACAAAGUUUGGUACGAUGUCGAGUCAUUAACAGUAAUUUGUAAUAGCUAUAUCCUGUGCUUCCAAAAUAUUUGGUAUAACAUUCUCCUAUUCGCAACGCCAUUUACCUGCUUUCAAGACGCUUGGAUUCCGAUUCCGCGCGACCAAUUUGUUGUGCGCGUUCACAAAUCCACGCUCCCGAGAAAAACAUACCACCUGACCCCGUAAAGGCCAAUCAAAUUGUGGGGAGCAGGCGCGUUCCCGAUAGCUGCGAAGGAGACUAGGAGAGGUGGAAAGGUGCUUAUCUUUAUAAAUUUGUUGCCUCCUCGCAUCUAAAUAUCGUCACUCAGCGACAUGUCUGAGGAGAAGCCAAAGGAGGGUGUGAAGACCGAGAAUGACCACAUCAAUCUGAAGGUGGCCGGCCAAGAUGGAUCAGUGGUCCAGUUCAAAAUUAAACGGCACACCCCCCUCAGCAAACUAAUGAAAGCUUACUGCGAAAGGCAGGGUUUGUCAAUUAGGCAGAUUAGGUUUAGGUUUGACGGGCAGCCAAUCAAUGAGACGGACACACCUGCACAGCUGGAAAUGGAGGACGAGGACACUAUUGAUGUAUUUCAACAACAGACUGGGGGCUUCUGCUAAAAGCAAGGCUGCCAUCCAGGAGAGCAUCCACUCAACUUUUAUUUUAUUAUUAUUAUUAUUGUUAUUGUUAUUAUAUAUUUUCCCUUCAAACCCUAUUUCAGCUUUGUUUUGCUUUGUAACCAGCCCUCUUCCUUCCCGUUGCCCUGCAACAAGUAUUGGGCACAGCAGUGUUGUAGGUGGCACCCAAGGGUCCUGAGAAUAUGGUUGGGCUGCUGCUGCCCUGUGUGUGGAUGUUGCCCACCGGAAUCAAAGCCACAUUCAUGCACAAGCUUCCUGCUGGAGAUCUAAUCCUGGGUGGAAGGAGGUGACGGUUCAGGUUGAGUCAGGUCUGUGGGGAUGCUCGUAUGCCCGAUUGCAGCAUCUCCGGUGAGAUGGGAGACUCCCAUGUGCCUGCUGUUGUUUUGGGUGCAUUUUCCGAGAGCGUCCAGCCCUUGGACGUCCACCGUAUAGCGCAAGAUGUUUUUUUUUUUUUUUUUUUU